UGACGUCAUUACUUUUGCUGUAUUAAAAAAUGGUGUCUAUUAUAAUAGCUAUAAGUAGAUCUGGUAGUAGAUCUAUAGGCCUAUAUAGAUCUAUCUAAGUAAAAACUGAACGUUUCCUAUAAUUUGCCAGACCCACUGGUGCAGCAGAUGUAGGCCAAAACGUCAUUCGAAUGCAAUAUUUAAAUAAAAUUAUUAUGAUCUAAAUUAGAUCCAUUUCAAUAAGGCGUAAAUAGAUCAACCAAACAGCCAGUCAGAGAACAUCGCUCAGAAUGACAUAAACAACGGACGUCAUCUCGAGGUCGACUGGCACGUGACAUUGCAUGGUUUUCCUUUGGACACGGUUGUAGUUUGAGGUCAGUCAAAGAUGGAGAAGCGUAGUGUUGUCAUACAACAGAUGUUCGAGGACUCCCCAUCACUGUCAGCCUCGCUCAAGCCCCCACCAAGCAAGUCAGGCUCUGUCAAGAAAGAAACUCGAAGAUUUCCACUGUCUCUCAUGUCUCUCUCCACUACAACCGGAAUGAGCCAGGGAACAGAUUUGGCAAAGUCUUCAGAAUCGGUUGCUGGUCUUCUAAGAAGGAAAAAGUCCAUUAAACGCCAAUCAACAGCCAGUGCUUCCACUCCAAAUAAAAUGGGACCCACUGCAGCUUUAGCAAUGUUUGGCCAUAAGCUAACAGCCUUUGAACACAAUGAAAUCAAAGAUUACUCGGCCAUCUAUUGUUUGGGACUGAACGCUCAGAAAUUGAACCCAGGACCCAAUCCUAGCAAAGAUACCGAUGUCUACGAUGACGAAGACCACUUCUACAAAGUUGUUCCCCGAGAUCACAUUGCUUAUCGAUUUGAAGUAGUCGAUAAACCGAUUCUUGGGAAAGGCACGUUUGGACAGGUUGUCAAAGCUUAUGACCACAAACUUCACAAGUACGUUGCACUGAAAUUAGUUCGAAAUGAAAGAAUUUAUUUAAAACAAUCCCGAGAGGAGCUACGCAUACUUCAGACUCUGAAAAGACAAGACGCUGACGGAAUCUACAAUGUCGUCAUUAUCAAUGAAUUUUUUAUGUUUCGCAACCAUAUGUGUAUCUCCUUUGAGCUGCUUGGCAUGAACCUGUAUCAAGUCCUUAAGAGAAAUAAUUACCGGGGUAUCGGGAUGACUAGGAUUCUACCCAUCGCCAAGUGUGUCUUGAAGUGUUUGGAGCUUCUGUUCCGGAACAGGAUCAUUCAUUGUGACCUGAAACCUGAGAAUAUCAUGCUGAAGAAGAAUGGAGACUUCACGUCUGUUAAGGUGGGAGACUUCGGUUCUAGUUGCUAUGAACAACAGCAGGUGUAUCACUACAUCCAGUCCAGAUACUACAGAGCGCCGGAGGUUAUUCUUGGCAUGCGCUACGGACCGGCUAUAGAUAUGUGGAGUUUUGGGUGUGUACUUGGUGAGCUGUCAAUAGGACUUCCAAUAUUCGUGGGGGCCGAUGAAGAGGAUCAACUAGCUGCAAUAGAGGAAGUGCUCGGUGAAGUUCCGCCAUCCAUUCGUAAUAGAUGUAGACCCAAGACUCGGAGUGGUCGGAGGAGAAAAAACCGAGGACCUCCUGGGAGUAAAUCCUUAAAUUCCAUCAUAGCUGGAGAUGAUCUAUUUAAGGAUCUAGUCAAAGUGGUGCUAGAGUGGGAUCCUCUGUGCCGACCAACACCUUUAGAAAUUCAAGAGCACCAGUGGUUUAACAGGUCAGCAAUGACUCCCAUGGGCCAAAAGAAACCUAAACAAAAUGCAAACUGGGGGAAGAGACUUGACGAGCAAGCCACAUUACCAUAAGCGCUAGCCCCAGUAGCAGUAUUCAUUAGAAUCCCAUGGGAAGAAGACACUGUAAAUGUUGAACACAAGUGUAUGUUGAAACUAUUACAACAAAUUGUAUUAGAUACUUUCUGUACAAGAACAUUGGAAGUUUGAAACAAGUUUACACAUUAGUUAGUGCAUUGUGCCUUUUUUUUUUUAACUUUACAAUUCCUUUCGGAAGUUUGACUGUUUGAUCAAUUCUGAAACUGAAAUAUUUGUCAUAUACAUGCCAUGAUUUUUUUUUUUUAAUUAGCAUUUACUGAUUAAAAAAGAGAAUAUUAUACAUAUAUAUAUACACACACAAAUAUGUUGUACACAUAUGAAUACAGCUUUGAUCACCAUAGUUAAAUUCAACAUGUUCUAAUUAAGCUCAUUUAUCACAUUUGCCAUCUUUGAGUGUUACAUAGUUCAUAUUUAUGAGGCUUUUGAUAUGUGGAAAUGCAUGUAAAAUGAAAAGAAAGAAAGCUAACAUUUUAUUUUUAGUUACGGUGAAAAUGUAUACUGGUUGGUAUUCUCUUACGUAAGUAAGCUGUAAGAUAUUAUCAAUAUUAACUAUGAAUUUGAAUGUCUAUCAAAUACUUCACUUAACAACCUUGUUUUAGAUCAUGCACACAGUUUUUGUUUGUCAACUUUGUCAAUCAUAAAUAAAAAUAAAUGUGUAACAAAACUUGGUUUUAAAAAUGUAGAAUUGCCAGCAAUGCAUUGAAAAAUGGUAAGAGUAUCAUGGUAAACUGUAUAGAAACAUUUUAAACUUUUGUUAACAAAUCUUUCUACAUUGUAGAAGUAUACAAUACAAAAGCUUCAUUCUCAUAAACAAGAACAAUGUCUAAAGCUCUUCAGCUCUAAGUAAGUUCUUAGAAUAAAUGAAACUAAGAUUGAA